CUUCCUACUCUUCUGAUCCUCCACUGUGGGCUCCUGUCUGUGAAACGCCUUCAGUCCUCUUCCCAUCUUUCUCUCCUCUUUGAUCACCAUUUUUUCUCCUAUUCCUGGGAGCCACUGCGAGACAUUGGCUUCGAUUAAGCGACGGCUUGAGGCUCGGGGUGCACGAGAGGGGAUCGCGGCAGAGUGGUUAUGGAGAGCACCCCCUUAAGGGGUGGAUUGAACCGGGUACACCUUCAAUGUAGAAAUCUGCAGGAAUUCCUAGGGGGUCUGAGCCCUGGGAUACUGGACCGGUUAUAUGGGCACCCUGCCACCUGCCUGGCAGUCUUCAGAGAGCUCCCAUCUCUGGCCAAGAACUGGGUGAUGCGGAUGCUCUUCCUGGAGCAGCCUUUGCCACAAGCUGCUGUAGCCCUCUGGGUGAAGAAGGAAUUCAGCAAAGCCCAGGAGGAAAGUACAGGGCUGCUGAGUGGCCUCCGAAUCUGGCACACUCAGCUGCUCCCUGGUGGGCUUCAGGGCCUCAUCCUCAACCCCGUCUUCCGCCAGAACCUCCGCAUCGCGCUUCUGGGUGGGGGGAAGGCCUGGUCUGAUGACACAAGUCAACUCGGACCAGACAAGCAUGCCAGGGAUGUGCCCUCUCUUGACAAGUAUGCAGAGGAGCGAUGGGAGGUAGUCCUGCACUUCAUGGUGGGCUCCCCCAGUGCAGCUGUCAGCCAGGACUUGGCUCAGCUCCUCAGCCAGGCUGGGCUCAUGAAGAGUGCCGAGCCCGGAGAGCCACCCUGCAUUACCUCUGCCGGCUUCCAGUUUCUGCUUCUGGACACCCCUGCCCAGCUCUGGUACUUCAUGUUACAGUAUCUGCAGACAGCCCAGAGUCGGGGCAUGGACCUGGUGGAGAUUCUCUCCUUCCUCUUCCAACUCAGCUUCUCUACUCUGGGCAAGGAUUAUUCUGUGGAGGGUAUGAGUGAUUCUCUGUUGAAUUUCCUGCAACAUCUGCGUGAGUUUGGGCUUGUUUUCCAGAGGAAGAGGAAGUCUCGGCGUUACUACCCCACACGCCUGGCCAUCAACCUCUCUUCAGGUGUCUCUGGGGCUGGGGGCACCACGCAUCAGCCAGGCUUCAUUGUUGUGGAAACCAAUUACCGACUCUAUGCCUACACGGAGUCGGAGCUGCAGAUCGCCCUUAUCGCCCUCUUUUCUGAGAUGCUCUAUCGCUUCCCCAAUAUGGUGGUAGCCCAGGUGACCCGGGAGAGCGUGCAGCAGGCCAUCGCCAGUGGCAUCACCGCCCAGCAGAUCAUCCAUUUCCUAAGGACUAGGGCCCACCCAGUGAUGCUCAAACAGAUGCCUGUGCUGCCCCCCACCAUCACCGACCAGAUUCGGCUCUGGGAGCUGGAAAGGGACAGACUACGCUUCACGGAGGGGGGCUUGGAAUGA